UAUGAUAUGAUAUGAUAUUAGAUUUUAUUUUUAUAUAAAUAUUUAAUUACUUCGUAUGACUUUCAUUCACAUGCGUGGAAUUGGCUAUAAUGCAUCAAUCAAUCGAUCGAAGUUUCUUCCUUCCCAAAAAAAAAAAAAAAAAAAAAAAAAUUAUGUUUUUUUCUUUGUAUUCAGUUCAUUACUUUGACUAAAGUAUGAGCUCACUAUCUCUAUUGAGGCAUUGAUCAUCCUAAUUCUUAAAAAGCUGUCAAUCGAUUUGUUCUCAAAAUCCCAUCUUUUGAAAUUUCUCUCUUCAGUGCAAUGGAGGAUCCAAUUGAUGAAUUAGCGACUUCCAUCAAGAGGAAGUGUGAAACACUACCCCCACUGUCUUCAAAAUGCUGUAUCUACAGAAUUCCCAGAAACCUCCGAAAUAUUAAUGAAAACUCCUACACUCCUUCCCUUAUCUCCAUUGGCCCCUUCCAUCGCGGCAAUCCAAAAUUGCAUGGCAUGGAGGAGCAAAAAUUGAGAUAUUUACGGAAAUUCAUACAACGGAAUGAUAAUAGGGACUUGGAGGAUUAUCUGACUGCAUCAAUGAAAUGGGAGAAGGAAGCACGGGAUAGUUAUUUGGGAACCAUCAAUCUCACAAGUGUGGAGUUUAUAGAAAUGCUAGUGCUUGAUGGCUGUUUCAUUAUUGAGUUUUUCUUGACAUGGUUAGGAUGUACGAUUGAUCCCAAUGACCGUAUCUUUCACAGGCCAGCUCUGAGCCAAGCAGUUUUACGCGAUCUUAAACUGCUUGAGAAUCAAGUUCCCUUUUUCGUCCUAGAAAUUUUAUACAACAUUGCUUUUGAAGACAACAAAAAAGCUCCUAGCUUCUUGAAGGUCACUUGUGAAUGUAUGAUAGGCCUUGGCAAGGUCCCUCAGCAUUUCAAGAAGACGAAGAUAUUGCAUUUGGUUGAUUUCCUGAGAACUUACUACCUACCACCAGAAAGGAAAGAAAUUUGCCACAAGGAUGAAAAUUGGGAAUUCCCUGAUGGAAUUUCUGAGCUCUACGAGUCUGGUGUGACAUUACAGGUAGAUAAAGAUGACAAGUUCCUCAAUAUCAAAUUCGAAAAUGGAGUCCUUUAUAUACCUGAGCUAAUGCUGGAAAAUCACACCGAAUCUCAACUCAGAAACUUGGUCGCCUUUGAACAAUGUCAUUACCCUCAGGAAUCGUUUUUGAUCGAUUAUGUAUUGUUUUUGGACAGUCUCAUCUAUGACAGGAAAGAUGUGGAAGUCUUGGUCAAUCAUGGGAUUAUACUGAACUUUCCUGGUAGCAGUGAAGAUGUUUACAGACUCUUCAGCAAUAUCUCCAAGGGAACGACUUAUUCACGUAAAACUUUCUAUUAUGCUGAUGUAUGUAGGCGCCUCAAUGAGUAUAGUGGGACACCUUGGAACCGGUGGAAGGCAAUACUCCGUCAAGAUUACUUUAGUAAUCCAUGGUCCAUGAUUUCUACAAUCGUAGCUGUAGUUUUGCUUAUACUUACUGUCAUACAGACUUACUGUGAUAUUAUUCAACUCCAGUACUGAAUAUCCCAAUUUUACUGAACAUUCUUUUGUGGUUGCAGAAAAAAUGAUGGUUAUCUUAGAAAAAAUUUGUUGUUGCUGCACAUAACUUUCCAGAAAUCGCAGUUGUAUGUAGCAAUAUGUAUCAGUUUUAAUGUCAUCUCAUCUAUAAGUGUGAUUCACCAGUCGCUGUUGCUUCUUUCAAA